AUGGAGCAAAGAAGGCGUUGCCACGAUGUGUUCUGGUUAGGAUUAUUUGUGAUCCAAUUAAUUGGAUUGGGUUUUGUCCUUGUCAUUUUAGGCGUUAACAGAUUCAAGAAAAAGAAUCGCCUUGACAUUGACAAGUACACAUACCGCUUCAUGGAAAAUCAAGCUGGUCUCACAGAGGAUUACUGGCCACUCUAUGCUGUUGCCGGCGGUGUUGGGACUGCUCUUGGAUGGAGUUGGUUGUUGUUGUUGGCUCUGCACUUUUUGUAUAUUAUUUCUGUCAUAAAUAGACUUCCAUUUACAAUGUUGGUAUUACAAAAGGCUGUGAAAAUGGUAUGGAAUCUUCCUGAGGUUUUGAGAGUAGCAUACGCGACUAUGGCUUUGGUGCUUUUAUGGAUGGCCUUAUGGUCAUUUGGGGCUGCUGGUGUUGUAGUUUCAAGCAUGGGUGACGGUGGACGCUGGUGGCUUCUUGGGGUCCUCUCCGUAAGCUUAUUUUGGACAGGUGUUGUGCUUUGUAAUACUUUACAUGUCAUAGUGUCUGGGACACUGGUUCGUGUUACUAUCCAUGGUAGUUGCGAGGCUGCAACAACCACCACCAUAUCCGCCUUCCAUGCUUUUGCGAUUUGCUUAACUAGCUUUGGCACUAAACUGGCUUGUGAGUAA